AUGCAUGUCUUUCUCCCUUUUAAGGUGUACACACUUUCUGUUUCUGGAGACAGACUUAUUGUAGGAACUGCUGGUCGCAGAGUACUAGUAUGGGAUUUGAGGAAUAUGGGAUAUGUACAGCAGAGGAGAGAAUCCAGUCUUAAAUAUCAGACACGGUGCAUCAGAGCGUUUCCAAACAAACAGGGUUAUGUGCUGAGCUCUAUAGAAGGCCGUGUUGCUGUGGAGUACUUGGACCCAAGCCCGGAGGUACAGAAGAAGAAGUAUGCAUUUAAGUGUCACAGACUGAAGGAGAACAACAUUGAGCACAUAUACCCAGUUAAUGCUGUUUCCUUUCACAGUCUUCACAACACAUUCGCAACAGGUGGUUCAGAUGGAUUUGUGAAUAUCUGGGAUCCCUUCAACAAAAAACGAUUAUGUCAGUUCCACCGCUACCCAACUAGCAUCGCAUCCCUUGCAUUUAGCAAUGAUGGCUCUGUUCUUGCAAUUGCAGCCUCUUAUAUGUAUGAAAUGGGAGAAAUUGAACAUCCUGAAGACUCUGUUUUUAUUCGUCAAGUGACAGAUGCAGAAACAAAACCCAAGUCUACAUAAAGCUUUGAAAAGGAUUGAACAAGUUCCUUCAUCAAAUUCUCAUUUUGACUCUGCUGGAACCAGUUUGUAAUGGCCCAGACAUGUUGAUAAUAUCAUACCAAUAAAAGUCAUUGUUCAUAGAGAUAACUGAAGAUCAUAUAGCUGCCAGUUUUUAAAAUCUGUCCAGAUAUGUAUGUAUUUUUGUGUUCUUUGUGUUCUGUGUUUUCGCUUAACAAAAAAAAAUUGAAAAUUCCUAAGUGCUGGAAAAAGUCCACGGUUCUUGUACAGCAAACUUUCUACUUUCCCCUUGUUCUGACAAUUUUCUUGUGAUUACUUUUGCAGUAUUGUUGGGCACACCAGUUUUAAGUAAAACACUGUUUAAAAUAUUUUUUCACUUUUACUUGACUUAAUUUUGUAGAGUGGCACUUUAUUCCUGAGCAUUUUCUUACUUGGUAUAAUAAAGCUCUUUGACUACA